AUGCGUUCCCGGCUGAUUCGGCCUGGGGAGCAGAGUGCUUGUGGUGGAAGGGCCGCUCUGGAGGAAGCAGGUGAACGACGCGGCCGAUCACCUCGGCAAGCGGCGGCCCGGGCCACGGCCCAAGCGGGACGGUGGUGCCCGGACGAGAUCGAUGACCUCGUUCGCGAGGUGACGCUCUUCCUGCAGCACCGGGCAUCCGUGUUGCUGGUCUCCCAAGAGCAACCACCUUGGGACCUUACCUCGGCCCACCCCACAACCAUCGCCUCCGCGGCAUACUCGGUGUGCGGGCUGUACGUAAAGCAGCUCAUUAGUCCCGAGACCAAGGGCCAGCCGGAGGCUGGCAAAGGCAAGGGCCAAGGCCCAGGGCCGGGGAAGGAGGCGGCCAACCCGAACUGCAGCAGGGCCGAGCCGGAGGAGGGGGACACAAAGACCAAGGAAGAGGAGGAGGAGGAUGAGACACUCUCCUCGAAGAGCUCCGAAGGCACGGAGCCUGAGGAAGAAGUGCCAGCAGCAGCGGUGACGCCUUGGGAGCGCCGCGCGGCCACGGGUGACGAGACAUCCCCGGCGGAGCCACCUCAGCCAGAGCCGUCGGACUGCACGGCUGAGGGCGAACCUCCGGAGGGCACACCGCCACAAGAGCCUCCAGCUGAACGGCCAUCCGAGGGCUGCGCCAGAACCGCAGCCGAGCCAUCGGCACCAGCUGCCGAUACCCCUCCGCGGAGGGAGGCUGCCAGCCCAGCAGGUGGUGUGGACCCGCCACCCAAUCCGUUCCCUCCUGCGGAAUGGAUCUACCGUAUCGAUACGGAAUGCCGCUCCGGCAGCCAUUUGCAGGUCAUUCGCCUUCCUGUGCCAGGACAUUCGACGGCAGCGGAUGUCUUGGAAAGGCUGCAUAUGCGCACCGGGUUCAGCUUAGGAGCACUCCGGCUCACGAGGGAGUCGGAACCGCUGCCGCUCCAUGAACUCCUUUGCGUAAGGGUGCCGGCCGGUACAGCCAAGCUGUACGCCAGCACGGCCGAAGGGGUCACACUGAGGCAGGACAGCGAGCCUCCAGUGGUAACCACGGACAUGCUCUGGUGUAUAGCAUGCCGUGUCCGGGUGCCCACCCCGGAACACAUGCAGGGCACCUCAUGA